AUGGUGGGGGGAUCUAAUUUGGAGGAGAUUAUCGAAACUCUCUCCGAUCCGUCUAGAUUCAACUCGGAGAAGGAAAUCAACAACAAAAAAUUAAGGGAAAAAAUUUUAGCUGAGAUCAACCUAUUAAGACAAGAAAACGAAAAAUAUAAAGAAACUAUAAGAAUCAAAACCUUACGUAAUGAAGAAUUCAGGCAUUCUUUAUCAGAGAUCGGGUCCGUUAUUACAUCCGUUGCACUAGGUGACCUAUCCAAACGGAUCACAAUAAAGGAGGAUGAAAACGAGGAAACUAUCGAUGCCGAUAUUUUCAGGACAAAGAGAACAAUCAAUUUUAUGGUUGAUCAACUAGAUAACUUCACAAACGGCGUGAACACUUUAGCCAACCAGGUUGCAAAUGGUAAACUUGGUGGUACUGUAGCUUAUAAGGAUGCAAAAGGUGUGUGGAACGACCUAAUCAUUAAUGUCAAUGCAAUGGCCAACAAUUUGACAAAUCAAGUUAGAGAGAUUUCUAUUGUUACAAGUGCCGUUGCAAAUGGUGACUUAUCCCAAAAAAUUAAAGUUGAGGCACAAGGUGAAAUCUUUACCCUACAAAAUACAAUCAAUCGAAUGGUUGAUCAAUUGAGAACGUUUGCAUUUGAGGUUACCAGGGUGGCGAGAGAAACCGGUGUUGAAGGCAGAUUAGGUGGCCAAGCUCAGAUUCAAAAUGUGUCCGGUAUCUGGGAAGAGUUGACUGAUAACGUCAAUGCGAUGGCUUUGAAUCUAACGACUCAGGUUAGAAACAUUGCCAAUGUCACCACAGCUGUGGCAAAUGGAGAUUUGUCAACAAAGGUGACUGCAGAUUGUAAAGGUGAAAUUUUGGAAUUAAAAACAACAAUUAAUGGUAUGGUUGAUAGAUUAAGAACUUUUGUUGAGGAAGUUAGGACUUUAGCAACAGAAGUUGGUACAAAAGGUAUCUUGGGUGGGCAGGCCAAAGUAACCGACGUUGAAGGUGCAUGGAAAGACGUUACUCAGAAGGUUAACAUUAUGGCAAAUAAUUUAACAAGUCAGGUUCGGUCAAUUGCAACAGUUACAACAUCUGUGGCUCAUGGAGAUUUAUCUAAGAAAAUCACUGUUGAAGCACAAGGUGAAAUUCUUGAAUUGAAAAAUACUAUCAAUAAGAUGGUUGAUUCGUUACAAGUUUUCGCUAAGGAAGUUACGAAGGUUGCCAAAGAGGUCGGUAUUGAUGGUAAGUUAGGUGUUCAAGCGGAAGUAAACGAUGUUGACGGUUUGUGGAAGGAAAUUACAACCAACGUCAACACUAUGGCAUCAAAUUUAACUUCUCAAGUUAGAGCGUUUGCACAAAUCACGGCUGCUGCAACUGACGGAGAUUUUACAAGAUUUAUUACCGUCGAAGCGUCAGGUGAAAUGGAUGCGUUAAAGACAAAGAUCAACCAAAUGGUUUUAAAUCUAAGAGAAUCCAUUCAAAGAAAUACAGCCGCUAGAGAAGCUGCAGAAUUAGCCAAUAAAACUAAAUCUGAAUUUUUGGCAAACACGUCCCAUGAAAUCAGAACUCCAAUGAAUGGUAUUAUUGGUAUGACACAAUUAACUCUUGAAACUGAAUUAACACAAUACCAAAGAGAGAUGUUGUCAAUUGUUCAUAACCUUGCAAACUCUUUACUAACUAUCAUUGAUGAUAUUCUAGAUAUUUCCAAAAUUGAGGCAAAUAGGAUGACAAUUGAACAGAUUGAAUUCUCCUUAAGAACAACUAUUUUUGGUGCAUUGAAAACACUGAGUGUUAAAUCUAUCGAGAAGCAACUAGAUUUGAUCUACGAAGUUGAUAGCCAGUGUCCUGAUUUUCUAGUUGGAGAUUCAUUCAGAUUGAAACAAGUUAUCCUCAAUUUGAUUGGUAAUGCAAUCAAAUUUACAAGCAAAGGUAAAAUUAUUGUAUCGACGACUAAGAGAGAGGAUGUCGGUGACAAGAUAAAAUUAGAGUUUUGUGUUUCGGAUACUGGUAUUGGUAUUCCCAAAGAUAAACUUGAACUAAUUUUUCAAAACUUUUGCCAAGCUGAUGGCUCAACAACUAGGAAAUUUGGUGGUACAGGUUUAGGUUUAUCUAUUUCUAAACAAUUAAUUCACCUCAUGGGUGGUGAUAUUUGGGUUACCUCGGAAUAUGGUAAAGGUUCAAAUUUUUAUUUCACAAUCUUAGUAUCCCCAGUUAAUAUUUCGCUUGAAAAACAACUUGAAACUCUAAGGCCGUAUAGAUCACAGAAGAUCUUAAUUGCCACCACUGACAUACUUGAAAGUUAUGUCCCGCAAUUGGUUUCUGAUUUGGAGAGCUUACUUUUGGAGCCGCAUGUGUUGAAAAUCGAUGACUUCAACAGUGAUUUGAAGUUUGCAGAAGAAGAUUCAUAUGAUACGAUCAUUAUUGACAAUUUGAAAACUGGAUAUAAAUUAAGAUUGUUGCCCCAAAUUAAAUAUGUUCCACUAGUUUUAUUGCAUCCUCAUCUACCGCAAUUAAACAUGAGAGUAUGUUUGGACUUGGGCAUAUCAUCUUAUGGUAAUAUACCAUGUUCGAUAUCAGAUUUAGGAUCUGUAUUAUUACCUGCUCUAGAGAGUAAAAUCAUACCACCUGAUAAUGACGGAUCGGUCUCGUACAAGAUUCUAUUAGCAGAGGAUAAUCUAGUUAAUCAAAAAUUAGCCGUCAAGAUUCUCGAAAAGCAUGGUCAUAAAGUCACUGUUGUUGAAAAUGGGCAAGAAGCCGUCGAUGCUGUCAAGACAGAUACUUAUGAUGUUAUUCUAAUGGACGUGCAAAUGCCUGUAAUGGGAGGUUUCGAGGCAACCAGGCUAAUCCGUGAAUGGGAGAAGAAGAAGUAUGCAGAUGCAGCAAUUUGUUUUAAAUCGCCAAUUAUUGCUCUAACAGCACAUGCGAUGUUAGGUGAUAGGGAGCGUUGUUUGAAAUCCCAAAUGGAUGAGUAUCUCUCUAAACCCUUAAAACCUGCGCUCUUGUUGCAAACCAUAUCCAAAUGUAUCCAUAAUAUGAACCAGUUGAGGGAAAUAAGCAGAAUUGGCGAAGGUAGAGAUGGUAAUGCAGAAUUCAAAAAGUUUAUAAAUCAGGAGUUGCUGAAAAGAGGUGGAUCGGAUAGUUUAGUCAAGACUGAACCGCGUUCAAAUAGCAAAAGGUUGAAGUACAACGGAAAAGAUUAA